GUAUUGCUUUAUUUUUUGACAAUUUUAAUCCAAAAUAUAUACCUUUGUAAUGUGUUUCUUCCCACGUCAUAGAUGGUCUAAAAUACUGUAGAAAUGCUUGUUCGAGCUUUUAUUAGGAAUCCCCAAAUGUAGGCAGCAAGAACAACCCAUCAGAACAAGCAAGCGAAACAGUGCUGCCAUCAAGUAUGUUGGUAUCGGCAAGGGCAGAAACUAAGAGAAAAUUGCCAUUCUUGGUUUUGACUUUUGAGAAUAGGAAAAAAAAGAAAAAUCGGCUGAUUGGUUACAUCUUUGGCGGCCCCCCGGUUGGGGGAAACAUACCUUAGCCACGAGCUCGGCUAAUUCUUUUCGAUUUUGAUCGCCAAGGAGGACAGUCCAGCAGCUCCAAAAGGUUUCAGGGCCUUGAAAAAGAAUUUAUUUUUCCUUUCCGUAACGGAAGCACGUGAAAGCUCGUGCAGACCAACGGAAUUAUAAAAACGAAAAGGAGUUAUAUUUUUUUUGAUUUCUUAGUACCAAGUUAGGUAAAUAUACCAAGCUAUAUAUAUAGUCAAUCUAAGGGAGUGCUUAUGCAUUUUUUUUUCUCUUUCCCUCGAUGUGUGUCCAGCUUGGCACGCAGCCGCAAAAUCACCAAGCAGCUUUCAAUUGGCAAAACAACCAAAAGGAAAGGUACUUCCCCAUCCAGCCAUAAGCCAAUUCGCCCAGACCGAAAGCCACAAGUCAAUUCGUCGGAGAUAGACAAUUUCCAGCCACUCAGCACUACGUUUUCCAAGUUGGAAACUUUUCCCGAUCCAGGGAAUUCGCUCAGCUUCCCAGAGCGACCGGCUUCCCGCCUCUCUCUCGGAUUUCAGCCGGGAAGGCCCAAAGCCCUUCGCGCCGACUACGCUGGUUAAGCGUAAUAGUAGUUCGCGUCGUGCUCAGUCCGCCAGUUGCAAUCAAAAUACCGCAGCCCCUAAGAUUGCACAGUUUUUUUUAAAUCCCCAAAGCAUGAAAAAAUUUUGAAAAAUAGCCCAUUAGCGACCUAUAAGUAGUAUGAUAAAUUAAGGGCUAUUUUUUUUUUUGCUAAUUUAUUUUGGGUUAAGAAAUGAAAAACGAAGUUGCGAAACAAAGGUAAAAUGUGAGAGGAGUGAAAUAUUGCGGCAUAACAGAACGGAAAAACUAAAACACGUGUAAAGUGAAAGAAUAGGAAACAAAGAGAAAGAAAAAAAUACAUACGAAAGGAAAAAAAAGAUGUGCGAGUGUAAAAAAAUAAGUCUAUAAAGCCCAACAUAGUGAAAUUAAUAGAAAAUAUCCCCCCACCUGCUAAAGCAGAAGGAAAGAACAUGACAUAAGGAGUAUCAAGAAAGAAGGCUCUCUCUUUUUCUAGCGAUCGCUGCAAAAGAUCUUUCGCCGCCGGAUCGUUAGCAAGUUUUUUCACUGUACCUUUAUUUCCCUUUUUUCUUUUGUGUUCUAUGCCAUGCGUAACUGACUUACGCCAUGCGCUUUCCAAUGCCAAACCUGGAAAACACACAUCGCGUGUUCGGUACGUAAAAUCAGACUUGCAAAUAUAAAAAAAUGAAAAAAAAGACGACAAGCACACAAAAAUUAGAAAAAAACCCCAAUUAAGAAAAGGAUUUAAAUUAAAUUAUUCUUACAACCACAUCAAACUCUCUAGAAAUAAACUUAUUCCCUUCUCUUCUCUUUUAUUAGUAUUAUUUGAUACAUAUAUCUUAAUUUCUAAAACGAACAAAAAAACCUAUUGCUUAUUUCAUAUAAUCCAAUUUUAUUUCAGCAGUGUUUCAUUCCUCACAAGCCUAUGCAAAUAAUAUUAUUUAAAUAAAACCGGAAUGAAUAUUUUAUAAAUUCUCGGAAGGAAACCAAAUGAAAAUCAAAUAUGAGCCAAAAGUGAAAUUAAUAGCAAAGAAAUUUUCAUUUAUGAGAAAGAAAGUAGUUAUUUAUGAUUAAUAAAACAAAUUCAUAGUGAACUCUAACUAAAAGUCUCCUCAUCCGGGGAUUAUGGAGGUCGGAGUGUCAGGGUAAGAAGGUGUAGUCACUCCCUGGGAUCCUGAGGACGCAUAAAAGGACAUAAAGGAUCAUGGUAGGGUCGGGCUUAGCAAUUAUAUUGCGAGGAAAGGGGAGUGGCGUAGUCAGGUGUAUCUCUUGUGUAUUGUUGGUGUUGUUCUUUCGACCAUUUUCUUCUACUUUCUAAUUUUUUCUUCCCAAACUAAGUACGCGAAAUUUAACGUGGCGGCACCCCUUUCAUUAAAAACCCACCCCAAGCCGACCAGACUAAAACUAGAAGCCGAGGACAUCGCGUACUCCGCUAAAAGCGUUAUUUAUUUCCACCAGCGCUUAUUUUUCCCAAAUCAAACGUUAUAUGCUACAACACAGUCCACUAGCAAGGUCAACCUAGGUCUAGCCUAGCCAGCGCAAAUUUCGAAAAAAGAUCGUUAUAUAAUCCUUUACUUUGAAUUGAUUUUACCGAAAGAAUAGCACUCCGCCUGGGAACAUCAUCCCGGCAGUCAAACCCACAUUCCCUCGUACAUUGAAAAUAGAAAAUGUUCGGGCACCAACAAAUCUGGAUCAGCACUGGAUCAUCACACCACAAAACGUAUUUCGGUUCAUAACACCCACGCGCAACCAAGCCCCCCUGUGCUUCGUUGCCCACACUGCAAUGGUAAUCAUAUCCUUCGUCGAUGUCCGCGAUUCCUAAGCUUGGAUUGCUACUAACCCUCCCAUGCAACGUGACAGAAUAUCCUGUUAGCUACCGCACGGAUUAUUGUCUGCCACCCCCAGAGCGGCGCUCAAGCAUCAAUAACUGCCCUCAUCGAUCAAGAGUCGGAAGCUACAAUAAUCUCAGAUCAUACCGUCCAAGCUCUCCAACUUCCACGAUGCAAAAUCCGCGCUUCGAUCGCCGGCGUCGGCCAAACUACUGGUCAACGGUGCAACUUUACGGCAAGAUGCUGCAUCCGAACGUCGCUAAACCCAACGUUCAAUCUAGAUGUCGACUCUGCGUACGUUCUGAACUCGCUGACCUCACCUCUACCAAACGAAUCGUUUUCGCCUCAAAAUUGGAAACACAUCAAAGGACUCCAGCUCUCGGAUCCUCUAUACAUCGCUCGAAGCGCAUAGAUCUCAUCAUCAGAGCCGACCUCAUGGCGAGUCUUAUCCUUCCGGGAACCCGAAUCGGAAAUGCAGACGAACCUAUUGCACAAAAUUCUCACCUAGGUUGGAUGAUACUCGGAAAGUUCCAGGAUUCAAUCCACACAUUUAAUAUUCGCUGUCAUCAAACCGCCUUAGAUACGGAAUUGCUUUUGAAGAAUUUCUGCGAAAUAGAAUCUGUCCCAAGCCGAUCACUUCACUUUGACGAAGAGCGGUGGUGUGAGUCCUUCUUUAAGGAAACGCACACACGUCAACUAAACGGUAGUUUCAUGAGCGGCGUUAUCAACGGGAUCCAGACAAAUGGGAUCGCUACAAGGAGGGAAUCGAAGAAUAUUUUGAAUUGGGACAAAUCACACACAGUAAGAGAUCAACAGUCAGUACCUCCACAAAACGAUCGCAAGCACUUAGGGUGGGACGACCCAGUGCCCAGUUCCAUCGCUAACAAAUGGAAAAGGUUCCGUGUCAAUCUGGAGGACAUCAGCAAAAUCCGAAUACCUCGCAGCGUACGGUAUACGCCAGACUUUAGCCAUGAUAUUCAGUUGCACGCUUUCUGCGACGGGUCCACUCACGCCUACGCAGAGGCGGUUUACAUGAGCAUACCCCAACAGGAUUCAUCGUUUUAUACCACUCUCAUCACUGCAAAAUCAAAAAUCUGUCCAACGAAACCCCUCACGAUCCCGAGGACCGAGUUAUGCGGCGCUGUACUGGCAACCAAACUAACUAAAUGGGUAGUAGCAAACAAUCGUUGGAAAAACGAUCAAAUCUCCUUUACAUACUGGACGGACGCCACUAUCGUUCUCCACUGGAUCAAAAGAGAUGUUACUAGAUCCUACAUUCUGGGCCACAGCGAUUCAAACCAAUGGAGACAUGUUCCCACGGCGGAUAAUCCAGCAGACAGCGCCACGAGAGGACUAUCCCCAUCAGAAAUCUCCAUCUUUGAUCUCUGGUGGCAGUGAGUGGCCGGACACAGAGGUCCCUAGAAUCAAAAUCUUUUCGGAUUCGUUGGCACACCACCCAAGUAGACAUUAAUAUCAUUGAGCGGUUUUCGACUUACACCAAACUCGUAUGAGUCAUAGCAUACAUACUGCGCUUUUGUCACAACACUCAAUCGAAGAAAACCAGAUCUUACAGUGAGCUGUCGCCAGAGGAACUGGACAAUGCAUUUCGCUGCGUCGUGAAAAUAGUACAUGUCGAUCCUCGCAGAAAAUCCUCUGCCUCCGAAGAGCAUCCUAAGAAAUCGCACUCCCUUUCUUGACGACGGCAUCUUACGCGUUCGCGGUUGUCUCAAACAUUCCAACCUUUCUUUCGAUCGCAAACAUCCAAUCAUCUUACCGCAGCGUACCCUGCAUGGCGGCGCUCAUCUUACUCUAGCCCACACUUGGUACAAGUUCUGGAUUCCAAAUGGAAGAAGAGCCGUCCGAACAAUCCUUUGUGAGGAGUUGAAUAACUCCCCACAAAUAGAAGCAGCAGCAGAUGGCCGGCCGCU